AUGUUCCGAGCAGCCGCGGCGGGACCCUUUGACGAGGUCGUCGCCAAGGCGACCGACGAGAACCUCACCUCGGAGGACUGGGGGGCCAUCAUCGAGGUGUGCGACAAGGUCUCCGGCGAUCAGAAUGGAUCCAAGGAGGCUGUCCAGAGCAUGAUUAAGCGGCUCGCGCACCGCAACGCCAACGUGCAACUCUACACUCUCGAGCUCGCCCACGCCCUGUGCCAGAACUGCGGCAAGCCCAUGCAUCGCGAAAUCUCGAGUCGCGCCUUCACCGACGCCCUCUUGAAGCUGGCCAGCGAUCGCAACACCCACACCCAGGUCAAAGCCAAGAUCCUGGAGAAGAUGAAGGACUGGAGCGACAUGUUCAGCAGCGACGCCGAGCUCGGCAUCAUGUACGACGGCUACUACAGGCUAAAGCAGAACAACCCGACGCUGCAGCCGCCGAGCGCACCGCAGAAACAAGGCCUGACCGAGUCAGACCGACAGAAGGAGGACGACGAGCUUCAGAUGGCCCUCAAGCUGAGCCUGCAGGAGGAGGAGCGCAAGAAGGCAGCCCCGGCGAGCUCGGGCUCCCAGGCAGGCCCCAGCAGCCAGCAGGGCUCUGCGCCGACGCCCGCAGUGCCGGCCGGGACGACGGCGGCGACGGUUAGCAGGGUCCGCGCCCUGUACGACUUUGUGCCGUCCGAGGCAGGCGAGCUCGAUUUCAAAAAGGGCGACGUCAUUGCCGUGCUCGAGAGCGUCUACAAGGACUGGUGGCGCGGGUCACUCAAGGGCAAGACGGGCAUCUUCCCGCUCAACUACGUCGAGAAGUUGACGGACCCGACGCCCGACGAGCUGCAGCGCGAGGCCCAGAUGGAGGCCGAGGUGUUUGCCGAGAUCAAGAACGUGGAGAAGCUGCUGACGCUGCUGAGUGCCUCCAACACGGCCCCGCGCGAGGAGGACAAUGAGGAGAUUUCGAAGCUCUAUCAUCAGACGCUGGCCAUACGGCCCAAGCUGAUCAAGCUCAUCGAGAAGUACUCUCAGAAAAAGGACGACUUUACCCAGUUGAACGAAAAGUUCAUCAAGGCCCGCAGAGACUACGAGACCUUGCUGGAGUCGUCCAUGUCUCAGCCGCCUCAGCACAAUUAUCAUCAGUACGCCAUGCGCCCGGGGCCUCUUGGCCAGGCAUACCCCCCGGCCGCCGGCGGAUAUCCCAUGCAGGGCCAGCCGCCGCAUGACGCGCAAAAUUACUACCCGCCAGGGCCUCAGGGAGACCAGCAACAGCAUUACCAGGCCUCUGCUUCUUCACCACCAAAUGUCCAGUCUCAGGGAACGCCGGCUCCCUUUUAUGUCGCUGGAUCCGAAGUGCCGUCGCAGGGGGGCGGGCCUCAGCAGUAUCCGCUGCGGGAGCAGACCCCGCGCAUCACCUCGCACGGAAAGCAGGCCGCGUCGCCUCCUCCGCAGGGCGGCUACGCUCCCUACUCACAGCAACAGCAGCAGCAGCAGCCGCCGCCGGGACAGAACCCGUCGGCCCCGUACUCCCAGACGCCACCCGCCCAGCAGCGCCCGACAAGCACGUACGGCGCGCAGGAGCUGGCCACUUCGGUGUACGACUCGCCCGUGGCGCCGCACAAUGCCAGCUUCCCCUCGCAACAGCAGCACCCUCCUGGGCAGCAGGCCUACGCGCCCGAAGACGCCAACAGCAAGCCUCCGAACCCCAGCGCGCCGUCGUACGCGCAGCAGCCCUCGUACCAGCACCACCACCACCACGGCUUCAACCCCCCGGACCAGGCGCCGCCCCCCAUCCCGACGGGACAGCCCCCGCACGGCGGCCCCAUGUCGUCGCCGCCGCUGCAGCCCCACGGCGCGGCGUACGACGCGCGCCAGCACGCCAUGUCCGGCGGCCAGGCUGCUGGCGGAGAGCCGCAGUAUAAGCCGUACAUGCCCCCCGGCGGGGCGCCGAGUGCGCCGAGUGCGCCGACGCCGAGCGAUUAUUACCGCUAG